AUGGUAAAUCCCAAGAAGUCAAAACUUGUUCCCACUCCUCCCAAGCAGGCCAAGCCCAGACAGUCUCAGUCUGCACCUACCUUCAAUGCUCAGAAGCCCAUUGCUCCAUCCAAGUCUCAAACAACAACAUCAUUUGAUGGAGCAGAGAAAAGGAAGAAGGAAAAACACCAAAGAGUGUAUGUUGUCUCCACUACCGAGGACAUAGAGACUGAAUCUGAUGAAGCAGUGAAAGAGAUAUAUGAGGUGACUAAGGAAACUGAGACAAUUUUGAAACAAUUUUUGAUAGAUAAAAUAAUUGAUGUGAAUCUGAAAGAGCCAUCUCAGGACACAUCUAUUUCGGAUGUUCAUGCAGUUGUUCCUGACAAGAAAAAGGAUCAAUCAUCUGUUAAAGAAACUCCGGAAGAGCAGCCCAAGGUGCAUACUAGAGUUGAUGAUGAUAAUGCUAAUGUUGAUAUCUCUGGUGAAGCUGUACAAGAUCCUCCAAAAAUUGAAGAAAAGGUAGUUGACGAGACAAUUGAUGUGGAUAAGGAUAAGGAUGAUGGUGAGGAAGGUGAAAAGGAUGAGAAUGCAGAGAUUGCAGAAAAGGAGAAAGGAGAGAAGGAAACAGAUCAAGCUCCGCCAAAAGUGAUUCUUAUCUUUGGCAUUGUUGUCAAAGGUGGAGAGAGCAAAGUGAAAAAUGGUGCUAAUUCUCAAUGGGAGCUUGUAUAUUCUUGUAUUAUUAUUAUAUCAAUGACAGAGGUUUCUCCAAACAAAAAGGAUGAAAUUCAAGAAGCAGGACCCACAUCCAGUUUUUCCACCUUCUUCAGUUACUUCUAA